UCAAACAUUUGCAUCUUUUUUCAUAGUUUUGCAUUUUUCGUCAUUUAGUGAGGCAAAAUCCGGAAUUACUCACCUUUUUAGUGUCGGCCAAGUUUCGAAAACCACUCCAAAAUGGUUGUCCGAGAGUACAACGAGGAGAUGAAGUACAUCGAGCGGCUUUCGCCGAACAGCUUCCUCAUCAAGAAAGGCUUCCAGUCGAACAUGAACGUCGAGGGCAUAUUCUACGCAAACAGCCGGCUGGAGAAGUUGAUGUUCGACGAGCUGCGCAAUGCCUGCCGGCCCGGAAUGACCGGCGGAUUUCUUCCCGGCGUGAAGCAGAUUGCAAACGUUGCUGCCCUGCCUGGCAUCGUUGGACGCUCCGUUGGACUUCCGGACAUUCACUCAGGGUAUGGGUUCGCCAUCGGCAACAUGGCCGCGUUCGAUAUGAGCGAUCCGACCUCGAUCGUGUCGCCCGGUGGCGUUGGAUUCGACAUCAACUGUGGCGUGCGUCUGCUUCGCACGAACCUGUUCGAGAAGGACGUGCAGCCGGUAAAGGAGCAGCUCGCCCAGAGCCUGUUCGAUCACAUUCCCGUGGGUGUAGGUUCUAAGGGUAUCAUUCCGAUGAACGCACACGAUCUGGAGGAAGCGCUCGAAAUGGGCAUGGAUUGGUCGCUGCGCGAAGGGUACGUUUGGGCGGAAGACAAAGAGCACUGCGAAGAGUACGGACGAAUGCUGAACGCCGACCCGAGCAAGGUUAGUCUGCGGGCGAAGAAACGUGGCCUGCCGCAGCUCGGAACGCUCGGAGCCGGCAACCAUUACGCCGAGAUACAGGUGGUGGAAGAAAUUUACGACAAAUACGCCGCCAGCAAGAUGGGCAUCGAGGAGCUGGGCCAGAUCUGCGUGAUGAUCCAUUCCGGGAGCCGCGGUUUCGGCCAUCAGGUCGCUACGGACGCGCUGGUCGAGAUGGAGAAAGCGAUGAAGCGGGACAAAAUCGAAACGAACGAUCGGCAGCUCGCCUGUGCCCGCAUCAACAGUCCCGAGGGUCAGAACUACCUGAAAGCGAUGUCGGCGGCGGCCAACUUUGCCUGGGUCAACCGGAGCUCGAUGACGUUCCUGACGCGGCAAGCGUUUGCGAAACAGUUCAACACCACGCCGGACGAUCUGGACAUGCACGUCAUUUACGACGUGUCGCACAACGUGGCCAAGAUGGAGGAACACAUGGUGAACGGCCGACCGAAGCAGCUGCUGGUGCACCGGAAGGGAUCGACGCGUGCGUUCCCGCCGCACCAUCCACUGAUUCCGGUCGAUUAUCAGCUUACCGGCCAGCCGGUGCUGGUGGGCGGUUCGAUGGGCACGUGCAGCUUCGUGCUGACCGGUACCGAGACGGGCAUGGUGGAAACGUUCGGCUCGACGUGUCACGGAGCCGGUCGCAGCUUGUCGCGUGCUAAAUCGCGCCGCAAUCUGGACUACAAGGACGUGCUGCGGGAUCUGGAGGAGAAGGGCAUUUCGAUUCGUGUCGCGUCGCCAAAGCUGGUGCAGGAGGAAGCGCCGGAUUCGUACAAGGAUGUGCGGGAUGUGGUGCAAACGUGCCACGAUGUAGGCAUAAGCAAUAAGGCCAUCAAAUUGCGUCCGAUCGCGGUUAUUAAGGGAUAAGCGUGGAAGCGAUGUCGUGAUGGCUGGCGAACUGUGAAUACAAUUUUGAUUUAAUAAAUUAAAAUUCCUUUAAAAAUCGA